GUUUACUCAUCUUGUUUUGUUUUGGUUUCACGCUUGCAGAUGAUCCAAGGGAGACAAUUUUUAAGGGCGGUCAUUAUGGAUGAAACUCGUGCUGUCAUACUGGUCUUAGUUUUCAAGACGGUGGAAUAUGACUUUUGAAGAAAAAUGUGUAAUUUUUGCUUUUCUAUUGUACUGAGAGCUAGCACCGAUUUGACAAGAAAAUCCAGUUGCGCUACAGUGCUGUGGCAGAGAAUUAUCAUACUUGAUACACUGAUACCAAAUGUAAGGCUGUCCUUUAGGCAGACACUGUACACGUUAGGACUUUUGUCUUGUAGGUUGAUGCUGAUUAGUUAGAUGCCUACUUAGAUUGGAUACACUGAUGAAAAAAAAGAAACAGUGAAGUAUGUUCAAAGCCUGAAUCAGAACGAUCAAGGCCAGAUGGAUGCUAGUGACACAGAGUGUGGAGGAUGUACACCAGCAGAGUGCCCUGGGAGUCACAAUGACGGGGACACUUCAUCAGACGGGGAAAACAUGGAGCUUGCAGGUACUCACGAGGACAACCCUCAAGGAACAACUGAAGGAGCAGGCUGUACUACGGAGGAUGCAGAUGUUGAUGAUAGUGGCACAGAGUGUGGAGGAUGUACACCAGCAAAGUGCAGGAGGAAGCACAACGACGGGGACACGUCAUCAGACGGGGAAAACAUGGAGCUGGCAGGUACUCAAAAGGACAACCUUCAAGGAACAACUGAAGGAGCAGGCUGUACUACGGAGGAUGCAGAUGUUGAUGAUAGUGACACAGAGUGUGAAGGAUGUACACCAGCAAGGUGCAGGAGGAAGCACAACGACGGGGACACGUCAUCAGACGGGGAAAAUAUGGAGCUGGCAGGUACUCACAAGGACAACCCUCAAGGAACAACUGAAGGAGCAGGCUGUACUACGGAGGAUGCAGAUGUUGAUGAUAGUGACACAGAGUGUGAAGGAUGUACACCAGCAAAGUGCAUGAGGAAGCACAGCGACGGGAACACUUCAUCAGACGGGGAAAACAUGGAGCUUGCAGGUACUCACGAGGACAACCCUCAAGGAACAACUGAAGGAGCAGGCUGUACUACGGAGGAUGCAGAUGUUGAUGAUAGUGACACAGAGCGUGGGGAAUGUACACCAGCAAAGUGCAGGAGGAAGCCCAAUGACGGGGACGCGGCAUCAGACGGGGAAAACACGGAGCUUGCAGGUAUUGCCACGGACAACCCUCAAGGAACAACUGAAGGAGCACACAGUACUACGGAUGAUGCAGAAAAUAAAGAUGUUGAUGAAGAGAGUGCUGACGAAUGCUUGUUUGAUGACAUCACAGAUGAGGAAGAGGGGGAAGGAAUAGAAGACUUGUCACAGCUUGGAGCAGGUACUGUAGCGGUCAAACUCCAGACUGUUCAACAAGAGUCAUACCAACUUGCAGAGAAAGAUACCACGACACUAGCACAACACAUUGUGGGAUGUUGUCAACAACCACAGGGAGAAAUAGCGUCAGCACCACAGCAGGGGACACAACUCCAACCAGCUUCAGUUGGUGAUGUUGAUCCGACAACAAGUCAGCUGCAGCUGCCCACAACUACAUCUUGUGUAGUUCCUAACACAAUCAGUCUAAAGGUCCCAACAAUAGCAGCCCUGACACCAGCGUCCACAUCCUCUCUUCAACCAAGAAUACCAGGAUCUGUUGUAUCAGAGAAACAGUCGUCCGGGCUACCUGUGGCACCAGUGACUGGUGAUUCUCCUGUAGUCGCCCAGUACAACCUUAUCCAAGUACGGCAGCAGUUUGGAGAUGUGACAGUCCAGGGCGCCAAGAAUCUGAACAUUGGCGGAACGCAGAACAUUGGUACACCUCAGACCAACCCAGAGGAAGAGGAGAAGCCACUGACUGCUGCACAGAAGAUCAGGAAAAGAACGGAAUCUAGGAUUCAGUCAAUGACUAAAGACAUGGUGGAGACAGAAGCCCUCCAGAUAGUGACGGAGAAGCUGGACAGAGGAGCAACGUGGGUGACAAUUAAAGGAAGGCCAGGAGAGGGGAAGUCUACAUUAGCCUACAUGGCCCUCAAAGAUCAGCACACUCAGGGGAGACAAGUGUAUCAGGUGGUGUCACCAGAAGAGUUCAAUGAGGUCAUAACGGCCAGCACAAACCCUGUCAUUAUGUUAGAUGACAUAUUUGGUGAUCUAGAAUUUGAUGUAGCAGAAUGGGCCAAGUGGAGGCCAAGUCUACGACCUUUUGUGGAUAUGAAGGAUACAGACAAAACCACUGAAAAAGACUCUAUAGAUAAAUCCACUAAAAGCAAAAAAGAGAGAACAAAGGAUGAGCAAACAAUUCUAAAGAGAACAGCACCAAACAAAGGCAAAACGAUCAUUAUCCUCAUAGGCCGUGACUAUGUGCUGAAAUCCUCACUGGCAGACUUGGGAAGGGUGGCAGAUUACAUAUCUAGUCCCCAGUAUAUGGUGGAAGUUUCCUCACAGAGAGACUCUAAUGAACGAAGGAAGAUAUGGCAUGUUCAUGCCAAAACAAAAAACAUAGACUUUGAUGAGUCAACCGUGUCUCGGAUAUGUCAAACUGACUGUCCACACGGCUUUCCCCACGUGUGUAAAAUGUUUGUCACAACAUAUGAAAAGGAUCAGACUCAGCUUCCAGUAGAUAAGUUUUUUCAAGCGCCUCUAGCAUUCCUCAAACAGACCCUAGAUAAAUUCCUUAAAGAUGAGAUAAAGGUUUCCCUGUUCAAGGCUAUGAUUAAAAGUGAUGGAAAGAUUAGUGGACAAGAGUUGGAAGAGCAGGAUGCCCAUGGAUACAAAUACAUAACAGCUGCUGAUGAUUUAGUUGGAUCUUACCUCAAGAAGGAAGAUGACACAUACAUGUUUGACCAUCCCUCUCUAUAUGACUGUGUCGCUUUAAUUCUCAGUACAAAACAAUCAAAGUUUGUCAUCGAUUUUUGUAGUUUGUCAUUCAUCCAUCAGCGACUUCGUCUUAAAGCCUCCACAAGACCAGGGGAAAACGUUCCUGGUGAGACAGAUCUUGUUGCAAACAUCUCAUGGAACUAUGCUAAACAUCUAGCAAGAAGAUUUGCAACUGAAAUUUCAAGGAGCAAUUUGUUGCAUGUCUUAUCGCACCAGGCAUGUUGUAAUCCAGAGUUUAUUGACUUGCUAAUGGUCUGCCUGAAGACACAGUGUCACAUGUCUGUUUCUGAUAUUCUCAAACUAGCUGAUAACUCUUCAAAACAGACAUUUUGUGAAUUAAUUUCUAGCAGCAAGUCACAUCAUCUCAUCAAAUUUAUUAUUGAGAAAGAACACAGAACAUUCAGCCAGCGUGAACUGAGAUACAUUUUACUUGGGGUGUGCAUGAAUGCUGCUUGCAGUGUACUGACCUAUAUCAGUGAACACCAUCAGCUUGAGAUAGAUGCUAGAUAUGUUUGGGGAUGGAAAACACCGCUUAUGUUAGCAGCAGAAACCAAAGACACUGUGUUCGUUAAUCAAAUUCUGGCCCUUAAGCCUAACCUGAAUGCAAGAGACAAUCACGGUCAAACUGUCCUUCAAUACCUUUGCGCAUAUGGCCUUACAUCAGCUGUGAAACAUGCAAUUAACAUGGGCGUGGAUGUUAAUGAGCAGAAUGUACCAUUUUUUGGUCCUUACCCGCAAACCCCUCUAUAUCGUGCCAUAACAAAUGGUCAUGUUGAGGUGGUGGGACUGCUGCUGCAAAAAGGAUGUGAUAUAGAUAAACAGAGAGGUCUUAAAUGUGCAUUGAAGAGCCAGAACACGCAUAUGACGCGUUUUCUUUUAGACAGAGGAGCACAGGUUGGUGGUGAUGCUUUGCACACUGCUUGUCUGUUGAACAAUUUGUCUAUCAUCAAGAUGUUGUUUGAGGAGGGUGCUAAAGUUGACAUGAUUUCAUCUGCAGGGGAUACUCCUCUUCACGGUGCAUGUGACACUAAUGUUGUCUCGUUUUUGUUGGAGAACGGAGCUAACGUGAAUGUCAUGAAUAAAAGGGGUGAGACACCACUUCAUGGAGCAGCAAGGAAUGGAUAUACAGAGUGUGUUGAUCUGUUACUGAAGGCUGGAGCUAAUGUGAAUGUACAGAAUAAUGCAGGUGACACACCACUUCAUAACGCAGCAGCAGCAGCAGAAGGCUUGGGAUCUGCAGGGUGUGUUAAUGUGUUACUGAAGGCUGGAGCUAAUGUGAAUUUACAGAACAAAACAGGUGAUACACCACUUCAAAAAGCAGCAGCAAGGAAUAGAUCUACAGAGUGUGUGGAUGUGUUACUGAAGGCUGGAGCUUAUGUGAAUGUACAAAACAAUACAGGUGUCACACCACUUCAUACAGCAGCAGGAAAGGCAUGGUAUGGAUUUAUAGGGUGUGUUGAUGCGUUACUGAAGGCUGGAGCUAAUGUGAAUGUACAGACCAAAACAGGGUACACACCACUUUAUGCAGCAGCAGCAACGGCAGCAAUAAAUGGAUCUACACAGUGUGUUGAGGUGUUACUGAAGGCUGGAGCUAAUGUGAAUGUACAGAACAAUACAAGUGAAACACCACUUUAUGCAGCAGCGUGGUCAGUAGCAGUAGUAGCAGCAAGUGUUGGAUCUACAGAGUGUGUUGAUGUGUUACUGAAGGCUGGAGCAAAUAUGAAUGUAAAGAAUAAUACAGGUGACACACCACUUCAUAAAGCAGUAGCAGUAGGAGCAGCAGCAUGGAAUGGAUCUACAGAGUGUGUUGAUGUGUUACUGAAGGCUGGACCUGAUGUGAAUGUCCAGAAUAAUGCAGGUGACACACCACUUCAUAAAGCAGCAGCAGCAACAAGGGAUCGAUCUGCAGAGUGUGUUGAUGUGUUACUGAAGGCUGGAGCUGAUACGAAUGUACAGAAUAAUACAGGUGACACACCACUUCAUACAGCAGCAGUUGCAGCAGCGAGAUAUGGAUCUACAGGGAGUGUUGAUGCGUUACUAAAGGCUGGAGCUUCUGUGAAUGUACAGAACAAUACAGGUGACACACCACUUCAUAAAGCAGCAUGGUAUGGAUCAACAGAGUGUGUUGGUGCGUUACUGAAGGCUGGAGCUAUUGUGAAUGCACAGAACAAUACAGGUGACACACCACUUCAUACAGCAGCAGCAGCAGCAGCAGGGGAUGGAUCUACAGGGAGUAUUGAUGCGUUACUGAAGGCUGGAGCUUAUGUGAAUGUACAGAAUAAUACAGGGAACACACCACUUCAUAAAGCAGCAGGAGCAGCAAGGUAUGGAUCUACUGGGAGUGUUGAUGUGUUACUGAAGGCUGGAGCUUAUGUGAAUGUACAGAACAAUACAGGUGACACACCACUUCAUAAAGCAGCAUGGCAUGGGUCAACAGAGAGGGUUGGUGCGUUACUGAAGGCUGGAGCUAGUGUAAAUGUACAGAACAAUAUAGGUGACACACCACUCCAUGCAGCAGCAGCAGCAGAAGGGUGGAGAUCUACAGAGUGUGUUAAUGUGUUACUGACAGCUGGAGCUGAUGUGAAUGUACAGAACAAUACAGGUGACACACCAGUAUUUCAUUGACCAGGACAUCCAAAACCUUAUCAGAGAUAUGCCACUGUUAUUAGAAAUAAAUGGUAAUAAUAUAUAUAAUCCCAGUGUCAUUGCUGAGAGAAGGUUAUGGAUGUCGGACAGUUUGUGAUAUUAGCAAGCUCUUCUCCCUUAAUCCUUUGUACCACUUCGUUACUGUUGGUGUGAGGGUUUUAUGUCGUUGAUGGAUGGUUUUUUUGGGUUUAACACCGCACUCAGCAAUAUCCAUGCUGUUUGAUGGCUGUCUGUAAACAUUAUAGUGAUUGACACAUUAUAGUGAUUGACAUCAUGAGCAUCGAUCUUUGCAAUGGGCGAUCUUGUUCAAUUCAUCUUCCUUUCACUCACCCGGCUGGUGCACUGACUUGGACCGUCCAACCUUAAACUGACGGCGCAUGUGGUACGAGCGGUACAUUCCACGUCGCUUUGUUGAUGGUUUGCAAUCGGUACUGAAAGUGAUUGCCUUUGAUGUUUGAAUAUCACACUUUUAGAAAUGAAGUAGAUUUUCAUUGUAUAUAUACCCAUAUCUAUGUUGUAGUAUCGCCAAUCACGCUACAUCAUAUGCAUGCAUUUCAGUACAGUGGUAAGGCGAUGGGGUACGCGAAAUGUGAAGGUCUUAUGAAACGUAAAGUUACAAGUUGCCUAAAUGUUGUGAAUUUCGACAGCAACACAUGUAAGUAUUUGUCAGGUAUAUAAGUGAGAGAAGUGUGAAAUGUUUUCAAGAAAUUGCAAAAGAAAAUAGGCAGUGACAAAUAAUGGCAUCAGCUAGAUAGCACAAUACAAUGUUCAAUAUAAAACAAAUGAAAAUCACUUAAAUCGAUCUUAAUAUUUAAGGGUUAGUUAGGGCCAAAAAGAGUUUAUAACUUGGACACAUUUAAGAUCCCCACGGUAU